AGUGUACUAUAUAAUGGAUCACUCUCUGACUCUUCUCCAUUAUUGAACCAAGAAGUAAAGGAAAAGAAAGAGCUGAGAAUUGAGAUCAAACCAGCAAGAGGAAAAAUGGCUGCCAAUAACCCAAAUUCCAAGGAGAAGAAAUCGGUGAUGCAAUCCGUGCUGCUGUGCUGCAAACUCCACAUCUCCGAAUCGCGAAACCGGGAAGCUCUGGAGUCCAUUCAACGCGCCGCCAAGCAUGAUCCGGAGACGGUCAUCGUGAACAUAUUCGAGGACCGAGAGUAUAACCGGAUUAACUACACUCUGGUGUCCUAUGUUAUCCACGACGCCACCACCGGGAGCCCCAUCUACUGCCCGCUGCAGCAAACCGUGGUGGCCAUCGCCGCUGCUGCCUACGACGGCAUAAACCUUGAGCUCCACUCCGGCGCUCACCCCCGCCUCGGCGUCGUUGAUGACAUUACGGUUCAUCCUCUCGCCCGGGCGUCGCUAGACGAGGCUGCUUGGCUGGCUAAACGAUUGGCUGCGGAAUUUGGAAACCGAUUCCAAGUGCCGGUUUAUUUGUAUAACGAUGCGCAUCCAACCGGGAAGGCUUUGGACACAAUCAGGCGUGAGCUGGGAUAUUACAGGCCUAACUUGAGGGGGAUUCAGUGGGCUGGGUGGCCACACAUGGAGUCUCUUCCGGUGAAGCCCGACGAGGGCCCUGACGUGGUGUCCAGAGCUAGAGGUAUCACCAUGAUCGGCGCGCGGGCUUGGGUAGCCAUGUACAACGUCCCCAUCAUGUCCACUGAUGUGUCGGCUGCCAGGCGGAUUGCGGCGAGGGUGAGUGCUCGAGGCGGCGGGCUGCCUGCUGUGCAGACCCUUGGCCUUCUUCAUGGCGAGGGCACAACUGAGAUCGCCUGCAUUCUGCUGGAGCCCAACCAGAUAGGAGCAGAUCAUGUCCAGAAUCGCGUUGAGAUGCUGGCUGCACAAGAGGACCUGGAUGUGGAGAAAGGCUAUUUCACUGAUUUCUCUCCUGAAAUGAUUCUUGAAACAUAUAUGAAACUCAUCAAUGCUAGCUAGGCUAGCUAGAUUGGGUCAAAAAAAUUAGCAGCCCAAGUUUCGAUCUGCACAAUCAAUAAGGAAUUGAAACUAAAUGCCACCCAUUCUCGAUCGGUUUGUAAUAAAUUCAACAAACUCACUUCAUUUAA